AUGGCCUUCCCCACACCCAGCGGCGGAUCAGUACGAUCUAACGACUUCGCGCCCUCAAUCUUCUUUGCAGUCCUAUACGGAUGCCUACUCCCACUCAUUUUCUACCGCUUGCUCCAUCGUCGAUCACGAACGCUAGCUGUCUUCGGAUGUGUGAGUUUCGCUAUUGAAAGAAUAGUCCUGUUUUCUCUGAGAGCGCGCGCUGCACGGACAGAUUCCAAUGGACCUCUGAAAUACAUGGAAAUCACAAUCGGUGUUGGCUUCUUGUCAAUAUGUUCCACAUACAGGGACCUAGUCAAAUGUUUUCUCAUAAAUGCUACAUAUGGGACCGAUACAUACUACCAAGCUCCCGCGUAUGAAGGAGCUAAGAAAGUUGCGAAGACGUCGACACAGUUCGAAGAUAUCCUGUCCUCCCAACCUAUCUUAGCGGUCGUCUCCUCCAAGCAGCACGUUGCAGAUACCCCUAGAGCGCGCUUCAUCUCCCGUCGCUUCGGAGACGUUUGCUCCUUGCUCGUACUAGCGGCUAUCAUAACAGGUAUCCUCGGUGCGACGGAUUUUCCUGCUGCGAUAGAUAAUGCCUCUAAGGCAGACAAUAUGAUGAUGCUACGAUAUGUUAGUGCUGGGCUGGGUCUAGGCGCUAUUAUACUCAUAGGCUUUUCCAUGAUAUGGGGCUAUCGGCGCUUGCCUCGUGCGAGCACGCCAGCAUUCAAAUUACUUGUAUCCAUAUGGCUUCCCUUGUGCUCCGUCGCAAUUUAUCGAGUCGCAGUGCUCCAUAACACUACCUCCCAGCUAUCAUCAUACGGACGUGGCUCCCUCAACACCCCCGCAGACAAAACAGUGUUCUACAUAUUCCAGAUCCUCGCCGAGUGGUUCGCCGUCCUCGCCCUGUUCGGGGCAAACACCCGCGAAGUUGUCGGCUGUGGCCUCUGGGGAGACUGGAGAGGACACGAUGAGACGGACGAAGAGAAGGCCAAGCGGAUAAAGAAAGAAGAGGAGAGAGCGCAGAGAAAAGCUGAGAAGCAAGCAUUGAAGGAAUCAGCAGACCUUCGAUCAGUGGCUGAAUCAGGACCGUGA